AGAACGAGAUGGUAUGCAAAUAAAUCGAGAAGAGCAGAGAUGGGAAGUCUGUUAAAAGCAGGUUCUAUAUCUGCCUUGGUAGGUACCCUUGCGGGUCUACCGCUACCGCUCACUCAGGUCGCCGUGGUGUCCCGGCUGGUACUCCCUUCGGGGAUUAACUUCAUCAGCUGUCCGCUAUUCAAAAUCGCCUUCUGCUGCGCAGUCGGAAAAUACUUGGACAACGUUCAGCUCGAGACAGGAAUAUCGGGGGCUUUCGGAUUCAUUAGAGGAGAAGAGGAGAGAGCAGUGGCGUGCAUGUGCCGCGACCACCAAGGACGAUUGAUCGGGGGUCACUCCUGUGCCAUUCGAGCUUCGUCGCCGCCAUAGGUUGAGGUACAUGAGCUCUCCCAAACCCUAAGAUUUCUAAGGCAGAGAAAGAAGGAGACAGAGAAUUUGAUAAUCGAAUCGGACAAUCUCACGGUGGUAAAAGUGAUGUGCAAUCCAUGGGAGAUUUGUGUACUCCUCUAUGAUUGCUGUGUCUUGCUCCCAUUGUUCUCGAAGCUCCGAAUGCAGCACUGUAGAAGGGAGGCUAAUUUUGUUUCGGAUUGGGCCGCCAAAGCCCAUGAGCACAAGUCUCUUUACCUUCAAAUUGGGUUAUUUUAUCCCCUCUUACUCAUUUGGACCUCAUGUAUUGAUGCUCGUUUAUUGGGCCCUUCGUUUUUCUAAAUUGAAUGGAAGUUCUGUUGUUUGGAGCAGAAUAUUUUCGGACCUUCAUCCAAAUUCUAAAUGAAAUUUCAACCCUAA